AGCAGAAUUAUGGCAGCUGAAGUGGAAGAUGCGGGAUUGAUGGACACUUUGGAAGAUGAAGAAGACGAAGAUCAAGAAGGAUCUCAGUGGUUUAACAAUACAUUGAAGAAGAAAUAGUUCACAACCAGAAAACUCCGUAUAUGCAAGACACUGACGAAGAAGUGGGAAAGUGAUGCAUUUUCAGAAGAAGACUCUCUCUUCUUCUCAGAGGAGGAGGAUAACAUGAGCGCGUACACAGAACAUAAGGAGAAGGAGUUCGGUCAUCAACGAAAACAGCUCAACUCGGGGCUGAAGUGGCACACGCAAAACAACAGUUACCACUCAGCUACUACACCGAAUCGCGCUCGCCUCGAGCGGAUAGACCCCCCCCGUCGCCCCUCUAGUUGCUAGUAGACUGGAAGAGAGGAAGUUGAACAGUGCAGGAGCAGACAGAAAGGUCUUCAAAAAGAGCUAGCUGUAACGGAGAACGAGAUUACAGCGAGUCAGGGGAACAUUCCGAACGUGCAACGACUGACUAACUUGAAGAAUCGUUUAAACAAUGAGUUACAGGCUGAGUUGCAGCUGGAAAAAAGUUUGGAGGAAUACGUCAAAUCCCAAGAGUUGGCUCUGAACCAAGUAGUACACGAGAAGGGACAGUACCAGCACUUGGAACUGAUGUUAAGCACCAAGGAGAAGACACUGGCUGAUGUCAAGUCUAACCUAAUGCAUGAGAGAAAGCAGCGAGAAAAGAAGAUCCUUUGUAACGCAGAGAGACAAGCUAUAAACAAUGAGCUACAAGAGAGUCUAGUUAACCUGGAACACGAGGACAGAACUAAAGCUGCUAUUAAUGCUGCUAGGAAAGCUCAAGCUGAAGGGCAAAGGUAUGUAAAGGAAACAUGGAAGAGAGUGAAGGAGCGAGAGAAGAGGGAGCAGGAGCUGGAGCGACAGGAUGGAGAAAGAAGAGUAAAGAUGCUGCUCCAGUACAAAGAUAACCUUCACAAAACCCAACAUAAGCUGAAGAAGAACUCAGUGAGGAAGAGGAAGAUGGUGAAGGAGAAGGAGACCCAGAGGAUGGCAGUCAGCGCUGAGGACAGGUUCCAGGCUACACAGCAACAAAAAGCAUCUCAGAAAAAGUCUCAGUUCGAGUCAACCCAACGAGAAGCAAAAUCAGCUCUUAUAAGCAAAAUACUAAACGAGGAACAAGCGAUAGAAAAGAGAAAGACCCAGCAACCUCAGCUAUUCACUGACCGGCUGAAAGGAAGGCACAACAAACCAACACCUCAGAAGUACAAGCACAUUAUCGACCUUACUAAGUCGCCCCGUGGGACGAAAGCUGAGGUACAGAAAGACAAGGUGGUUGAGCAGACUGUUGGUUACAGCUCUUCGUCCGAGGAAGAGGAAGAACCCACUACAACUGCAGUCUCUUCCUCCAACAACAUAGUUAAAACCUCUUUAGAGAAAGACGACGUGCUGAUAGAACCAGAGUUUAGGGGGCUGUGGGAGGCGGCGCCCCCCAAAAAGCAGCUCCAGCCCUCCCGAUUUAGUAAGCUGGAACAACAGAAAAUGGCUGAAGUGCUGCAGAAACAAAGAGAUAACAUUGUCCAGAAACAGAUAACAGUACAAAGAGAGUUCAAGGGGCAGGCAUUCAUGAGCAAACCAGAGGAGGUUAUCUUCAGUGACUACAUCGUGGGGGAGACAUAUUCUCAGCUUCUCACUCUCACCAAUGUGUCCUACACCAUCAACACUCUCAAACUUAUCGGCCUCUCCAACAAUCUGCUUGAUUUUAUCUCUGUUG